AUUUGUCAAGGCGAUUCACGUCUUUAACUCGAAUUUACACGGAAAUCAUUUAGGAGUUUUUAUUGCACAGAUGCAGAUCCAAUGAAUCAGAAAGCUGCUUUUCAACAUGAGGACGUGGCAGUUAGUUGUGUUUGGAGUGACGGUUCAUCUGAUUUUCUUCUACUCUAUUUUUGACAUCUAUUUCACCUCACCGUUAGUACAUGGGAUGACUCCCUUUACCUCCAGCUCCAAUCCUCCGGCGAAGCGUCUCAUCCUCUUUGUGGCUGAUGGACUUAGAGCUGACAAGUUUUACGAGCCCUUAGAGAAUGGCAAAUUUGUAGCACCUUUUUUCAGGUCUGUUAUUGAGAAUAAAGGAGUGUGGGGUGUGUCCCAUACUAGAGUUCCCACAGAGUCACGCCCAGGUCAUGUGGCUCUAAUAGCAGGCUUCUAUGAAGAUGUCAGUGCUGUAGCAAAAGGAUGGAAGGAGAAUCCUGUUGAGUUUGAUUCAGUUUUCAAUGAAAGCCAGUACACCUGGUCUUGGGGAAGCCCAGACAUUCUUCCCAUGUUUUCCAAAGGAGCCUCUGGGGACCAUGUAUUUAUGGACUACUACCCUUCAGAGCAUGAGGACUUUGCUGCAGCUGAUGCUUCCAAACUUGACACCUGGGUAUUUGAUAAGGUCAAGAUAUUCCUCCUUGAGGCAAACAAGGACCCUGCUCUGAUGAAAAAGCUUCAAAAAGACAAGAUUGUUUUCUUCCUUCAUUUGUUGGGCAUUGAUACAAAUGGCCACUCUCAUAAACCAUUCUCACAGGAAUACUUACUGAACAUAGCAGCAGUGGAUUCUGGGAUACAGGAAAUAAGUCAGCUUUUUGAAGAAUUCUAUCACCAUGACAACAGAACAGCCUAUAUUAUGACCGCUGACCACGGGAUGACAGACUGGGGAUCUCAUGGAGCGGGUCAUCCUUCAGAGACCCUCACCCCCCUGGUGGCCUGGGGGGCAGGGAUUCGGGGUCCUCGGGCACCAGAUCAUAAAUCAAAGCCUAAUGAAGAUGGAUUCUCAAAAAAAUGGAAGCUAGAUCAUUUGAAGAGAUCUGAUGUACAACAGGCAGAUUUGUCUCCCUUGAUGGCAGCAUUGAUUGGAGUAGCCUACCCUGUCAACUCUGUUGGUGUAUUACCAUUAGAGGUUUUGGACAUACCUCUUCCCGAUCAAGCAGAAGCCAUGUUUGCAAAUGCUCAGCAAAUUUUAGCCCAAUUCAAGGUGAAAAUGGAACAGAAGCAGAGAACAACACUGUCUCAAACUUUCAGACCAUUUCUGGAAUUAACAGAUGAUAAACAGGUUUUGCAUACCAGAAAUAUCAGAAAUUUGAUAAAAGAUGGUCUUUAUGAAGAAGCAAUAGAAGAGUCUCAACAUUUGAUACAGCUGGCAUUACGAGGAUUAGGAUACUAUCAGAACUAUGACCGAUUCCUGCUAGGCCUAAGUAUUACAGCUGGUUUUGUGGGCUGGGGAUUCUAUAUCCUGACACUGAUUUUGAGAGACCAUGUGGGUUUCUCCAACAAGAGAACAUUCUUUGACGAGAUGAAUUCUCCAUUUUUGCUCUCAAGGACAUUUAUCCGAGGUUUGGCCGCUGCUGUUGCCAUGGUGAUUACAGUAUUACUCAUUGUUCAGUCUCUACCCUGGACCUACUACCUGUAUUGCCUGGUUCCUGUUCUACUAUGGAUGCUAGUUUUAGAGAGGUGGCAUAUAUUUGUGACUGCGAUCAACAAGCAAUGGAACACCAGUGGGAUACCUGCAAUAGGAACAGUAGUCAUGUGUUUACUGGGUCUAGAGGCUGUGGUGGCUGGAUUCUUCUACAGGGAAAUCUUCUCUGUAGGUUUUAUUGCCAUAGGAGUCUGGCCUUUCUGGGCUUACAGAUCUAGAUCAACUAAUCAGUAUGCCUGGCUGGUGAUUUGUCUGAUGCUGUCUGUGUUUCCUUUACUUCCUGUUGUGGGGAGACAGAGUAACUACUAUUUAGUACUCUUGGCUGGAGUUGUAGCCCUUAUAAUUGGUGCUGUGAUUGCAAGAGUAUAUCUAAAGGAUGCAAAGGGUGCCAAAAUGAGAUUAAUGCAGCUGACCAUACUUCUUGCUGCCAUCUACAACCUGUGGUCAGUGUCGUCCAGUAUAAAAAGAAAAGAAGGACUUCACUGGUUCAACCAGCUGGUCUCCUGGACCAUCCUAGGUUCCUCCAUUUUAGUCCCCUUGUUGAACCCCACUCAUGUGUUACCACGGUUGUUCUCCAUCGCUUUUGCAUUUUUUCCUGUUUACCUCCUGAUGAGUUUAUUACAGGAGGGCCUCUUCAUUGUGUGUUUCUGUGUUGUAUUGUAUCUGUGGAUUCAGUUGGAGAAAGAUGUGCAUAAUACCAAAGGAAAGAAUCUCCUAACAACUGAUUUUGCAGUACCUCCUUCAGGAGAACGUCAUGUGGUGGCUGAGGACAUACGCAGAUCUUUAUUUUAUAUUUUCUUUAUACUUGUAGCUUUUUAUAGCACAGGGAAUAUAGCUAGUAUUAAUAGCUUUGAACCUGCUGCAGUUUACUGUUUUCUGACAGUCUUCAAUCCAUUUAUGAUGGGUGCUCUCCUUAUGCUCAAAAACAUUCUACCUUUGGUGCUGGUGGCGUGUUCUUUCCGGACAGUCCAAAUCCUGACACACAUUCCCAACAGGGCUCUGUUUCUGAUAGUCAUGAUCAUGUCCGAUUUCAUGGCUUUGAACUUCUUUUUCCUGGUGAGAGACUAUGGCAGCUGGCUGGAGAUUGGAACAAGCAUCAGUCAUUAUGUUAUUGUCAUGUGUAUGAACAUCUUUCUCAUGAUUCUGUUUGGGGUCUCUCAUUUUUUAACCACUAUUCAAAUCAAACUGAAGAACUCUUUAUAAUUGACUGGAUAGCUAGUACCUCCAAACUGACAAUUAAGCUUAUUUCAAAACUGCAUGUGGAAAUUUUUAUUUCUCUCAACUCCUUAAACCCUGGAAAUUGGGAAAAAUACAAAUUUGUUUCAAUGGCAGUCUCCACUUAACUUUCUGAAUACACAUAAACUCAAAAUAAAUUAUUUUACAAAACAG